CGUUCCCCUCAUUUUUCAUCCCAACCCAAAAUCAAAACUACUCUAACUACAAUAAUAAUGCAUUCCUCAACCAUAUUCCAAUUCUGCUUCCUCCUCCAACUAGUGGCAAUAGCACUCUGUGCCACACAGCAAUGCCACCCUGAAGAUCAGAAGGCGCUUCUCCAAAUCAAGAAGGACUUGAACAACCCAACCGCCCUCUCCUCAUGGAAGACCACGGCCGACUGCUGCCGCCACUGGAAAGGCGUCAGCUGCGACAGAGCCAAAACCCACCGCGUCAACUUCCUCAACCUCGACAACAUAGACAUGAAACCAGGUCACCCUCUCUCCAUUCCUCCCUCCAUCGCCACCCUCCCUUACCUUAACACUAUCCAAUUGGGCCCCGCCAACUUCACCGGCCCAAUCCCACGCUCCCUCCUCAACCUCACCAACCUCAAAGACCUCUCCAUCACCAGCACCCUCCUCUCCGGCACCAUCCCGGAAUUCCUGUCCCAAAUCACCACCCUCACCGACUUAAGUCUCUCCUUCAACAAUCUCUCCGGCGAGAUCCCCGCCUCCUUGUCUCGCCUCUCCCACCUCCAAUCCCUCGACUUACAGUCUAACAGCCUCAGCGGGCCCAUCCCCGAUAUUUUCAACUCCUUCCCAAACUUCUCCUUCCUGUGGCUAAGCUCGAACCAGCUAUCCGGGAAGAUACCAAAGUCGAUGGGGAAUAUAAACGUGACGUAUCUGUACCUGGACAACAACAAGCUGGAGGGUGACGCUUCCAUGUUGUUCGGGUCCAAGAAGGACACGUGGACGAUAAACCUUGCGCGGAAUAAGCUGGCUUUUGAUCUGGGAAAGGUGGAGUUCUCCAAUAACCUUCAAAUAUUAGAUCUGAGUCACAAUGAAAUAUAUGGGAACAUCCCUCAACAACUAACCACAGUGAGAGACUUGACUUCGAUGGACCUAAGCUACAACAAUCUGUGCGGUAAGAUUCCAGGGGGAGGCGCCUUGUCGAAUAUCGUUGCAUCUGCGUAUGCUCACAACAAGUGCUUGUGUGGCUCCCCGCUUCCUAGCUGCACUAGGCGCAGAUCUUUCUAGAUGAACUAGAUUAGUUAUCUCAAGGGCAUGGAUAAUCUACUACAGUAGUGCAAUCUGCAUUCAUGUCCCACUACUCUUCCUUUUUGUUGCAUUUACCGACGAAUAAGAUACCCUCUGUAAUCUGUAUUGCAAUAAUGUAAUAAUGUUGUAAUGCAUGUGUCUUUUUCUUA